CGCUGUUGUGGCUGGGAGGCAGCACAGUCAGCCAGUCUCUUUGGUUGCACUGUGAUUUAGUGUGAGGUAAAGUAGGACUCUUUUAAACUAACCGACCCACCGAAGACAAUUACUACUCUCGUCCCUGAACAAACUCCUGCUCUGCACGACACCUUUGAUUCUCCAGGUGCUGAGGAAACUGCAAGCAGAAAGUACCAGAAGAACCAGCUGUGUCAAGACUCGGAGGUGAACGUUGAGAGGAUGUUGGGCGCUUCUUUGUGAAUGGAUUAGAGGUGAGUUGCGACCAUGCGCUGCCUGGCUGCUCGGGUCAACUACAAGACCCUCAUCGUCAUCUGCGCCCUCUUCACACUCAUCACCGUGUUGCUGUGGAACCGAUGCUCCAGUGACACCGCCGUACGCUUCCUGCCUCGUGCCGCCCUGGUGGCUCCAAGUCCCAAGGUGGGCGAUGCCAGCAUCAGCAGCCAACAGCACCCUCCACAACCUCCAGAGCCCCCGCCUGUCGUUGGGGUUGUAGGUGGGGUCAAGUAUGAAGAAAUUGACUGCCUGAUCAACGAUGAAUCAACCAUAAAAGGGCGGCGAGAGGGCGGCGAGAUCUACCUGCCGUUCACUUGGAUGGAAAAAUACUUUGAGGUGUACGGCAAAGUGGUGCAGUACGACGGCUACGAUCGCUUCGAGUUCCAGCACAGCUACUCAAAGGUUUACACGCAGCGGGAGCCCUACCACCCCGAUGGAGUCUUCAUGUCGUUUGAGGGAUACAACGUGGAGGUCCGCGACCGUGUCAAGUGUAUAAGUGGAGUGGAAGGCGUGCCUCUGUCCACUCAGUGGGGCCCUCAAGGCUACUUCUAUGCCAUCCAGAUUGCCCAAUACGGUUUGAGCCAUUACAGCAAAAACCUGACUGAGCGCCCUCCCCACGUGGAGGUCUACGAUACAGCCGAGGAGAGGGACAGCCGAGCCAGCACAACGCCCUGGAGUGUGCCGAAAGGUUGCGGUCUCAGCCGCGUCCACGACAAGACCCGAGCUACCUCCGUGCGUCAGUUCAGUGCUCUAGAGUCCUCAGAAGGCGUGUCCCUCCAGCUGGGUAACUCCAAAGACUUCAUCCUCAGCUUGGACGUCAAGUUCAUCUCCAACGGCAGCGUGUCCGUGGUCCUGGAAACCACAGAGAAGGGCCCGCCCUUCACUAUUCGCUACGUGACCGGCACGCAACUCAUAGCCUUCAAAGAUCAUGAAAUCACCUACGGAAUCGGGCCAAGAACCAGCUGGACCACUCUGACCCGAGACCUGCUCACCGACCUCAGGAAGGGCGUCGGCCUGUCCAACACCAAGGCUGUGAAGGCCACGAAGAUCAUGCCCAGGCGGGUGGUGCGGUUAGUCCUACAUGGGCGUGGCUUUGUUGACAACGUCACUAUCUCCACCACUGCCCACAUGGCCGCUUUCUUUGCCGCCAGCGACUGGCUGGUGCGCAACCAGGACGAACGAGGUGGAUGGCCCAUCAUGGUCACUCGUAAACUGGGUGAAGGUUUCCGGCCUCUGGAGCCCGGCUGGUACUCGGCCAUGGCUCAGGGCCAGGCCAUGUCCACCCUGGUGAGGGCCUACCUCCUCACCAAGGACCAGGUUUACCUCAACGCUGCCCUCAAGGCAGUAGGACCCUACAAGGUGCCUUCAGCGCAGCACGGGGUCAAAGCUGUGUUCAUGAACAAAUACGACUGGUAUGAAGAAUACCCCACCACGCCCAGUUCCUUUGUCCUCAACGGCUUCAUCUACUCCCUGCUGGGACUCUAUGACUUGACUGAGACAGCCGGAGAGAAACUUGGCAGGGAGGCAGGGCAGCUGUUCAGCCGUGGCAUGGAGUCACUAAAGGCCAUGCUGCCGCUCUUUGACACGGGGUCCGGGAGCAUCUAUGACCUGCGUCACUUCAUGUUGGGCACUGCACCCAACCUGGCGCGCUGGGACUAUCACACCACGCACAUUAACCAGCUACAGCUGCUGGCAUCCAUAGACAACUCUCCCAUCUUCAAAGAUGUGGUCAAGCGCUGGAAAAACUACUUAAAAGGGAUUCGUGCCAAGCACAACUAGGUAAAAUGUAACCCGCAUAUAGUAUACAGCUGAGAUGAUGACUGACUGAGAGCAGGAAUAUGCUCUACGUGUGAGAACUGAAUGGAUAAUUGAAUGUGAAGUGGGUGCUCACAUUGUAUGUGUGUGUGCGUCCCAGUUUUGGUUGAGGUUCAUAAUCUAAAAGAUGAGUUUAGUCAGCUGCAGCUCUCAACUCUAAAACUUUCUCGUGUGCUCUGUUGCAGGUUUUGUAUUUUCUGCAACACUGACUGUAGCUCCCCCCACGCCUGUUUUUUCUUUUCUUGAGCUAGUGUUUGUAAUUAUGCACAGACCUAGUUUCAGAGUGUGCGUGCGCGCGUGUGUGUGUGCGUGUGUGUGCGUGUGUGGUUCAAAAUAUCAGUAUAUGAUGUUAGAUAAAGAUGAAUCUCCUUGAAUUGUUUAAACUGAAUCUCACAUCUCUGACAUUGUUCAUCCAGUCUCUUCUCAAACUGUAUUUUUUUACCAUUUCAUCCCAGAUUUGCAAAGUUUAUUGAAACAAAUAAACUGUAAAUAACAGAAUAUAUUAUAAAUUAUUUGGAGGAGAAUGUUGCCAAAAAAGAAAAGAAAAAAAGAAUCGUAUCAAUAUGAAAUAAUUUUGGAUUUUAUUUCCACAUUGCAACAUUGUUUUAUCCCAUAACCUUCAAAACGUACAAGGUUAAAAUCAGGAAGUUUGUUUCUGAAGUUCACCAUGUUUAAGCUGUUAGGUGAGAUACAUUUUAGCUGAAGAGUCAAAUGCUUUAUGCUUCCAAACCAGUAACUUCCAGGUCUUUUCUGAAGCCCUUUUCUCUAAAAUACAGAUGACUAUUGACAAAUAAUAUGGGGGGGGGGUGUUGUUGUGUUGUUUUGUGCUUGAAAUACUUUUUACCUUUUUUUUUCUUCUGUCUGCCAAGGUGCUUGAAAUCAACUCUGAGGAAUAAACACCUCAAACCACCACAUUUGAUUUCAAAGAUUUAAGCUGGCUCUGCUGGCAGCCGCGCUCCUUGGUCCCUACCCAUAAUUCCACUGUAUUUAGCAUUCUGUUGAGUCGCCUGCGUGACUGCAUCUUGGCUCAUGUGACUUACACUUGUGUUUCAGUUGAGACGUAGCAGACUGCAGGUAGCAAGCUGCCACAAUGCGUUACAUUCCCUGUGAUAAGCCCAUCAAGCCCACAAUAAUCUUUAUAUAAAUAAAAUCACAAUUAAUCAUUUAUCCUAGUUAGUCGUCAGUGUUGGAGCCACUGUAAUGCUGGCAUCUCCGUGAUGUUUUAAGAUGACAUGCUUUUUGCAACCAUUCUUAGGUGCUAAUCAAAACCAACGAAAGACCGUCAGUUGGUCACAAAAAAUAAUGAAUAAUUCCUCUGCUGCUGUAGAACGCAGCUACGAGUAAUUAGUCCUGCAUCACUUCAAGUACAGCUCACUUAGUAAAGCAUAAGUUUCUCAUAUCAGACGUCUUGGCUGUGAAUCCCAACUUCGUCAGCUGUGUUUAUUUAAAAAUGGCGGCUGAGAAAUGAACAUCUGAUCAAGUGUCACUGUCGCUCCUCUCUGUUCUUCUCAUUUGCACAGUUUGAGUGAAGCUAGAAAACAUUUAGGAUUCAGAGCCACAUAACAUUUAACCUCUUCAUGGGUGUGUCGCCUUGAAGUGGACAGGAAGUGCACGGACAUAUAAGCCAUCUUAGAUAAUAUCAUCAAUCAUUUAUUCAGAUUCUUACAGGUAUUAACAGUUAGUCAGUUUUAUUAGUGCCAAUUAAUGUGCACUAUCCCUGAUAAAUAAAGACAGAUUCAAAUAUAAGAGUCAACUAAACCCUCAUGCAGAUCAGUCUAAAUCUAAAUCAUAAGAAAUGUACACAGGACACACUGUGGCAAUGACUUUAAACUAACACUUAACUUAUUUCUUAAAAUAGCAAACUUAAGCUUCAGUUGAAUCCCUGUAUCAUAUCAUGUGCUUGGUUUGAACACCAGCAUUAUUAGUUGUAGCUACAUUUUCAUUAAUUUUCAUGCCUUCCUAUUUGACCUUUUUUCGAUUAUUUCCUUGAAAACUCCUGUGAAAAGCUCUUCUCCUAUAAUUUAAACUUGCAGAUGAUAAUUGCAGGAUACAAGUGUAGGCGGUGUGGAUGUCUGCGUUGUGUAUUUGAGGAGAUGGAAAUGUGGGCAGCAGAGGCACAGCUGCAUCUCACUACCAUGUCAAUUCAUAGCAUUUAAACAGACAAAGUGAAGCUGGAGGUAAAUUCUUGAUAAACACAAAGAGGCUGUCAGUCCCAGCACGCUCUCAUUUCUCCUCUCAGCUGUUGUGGGUGCAUGAACUCAGCGUUUUUAAUCUGAGCGCUGCCCUGUUGACCGCUGUACGAGGAGAGAUGGGCUCGCCAAGACACUAACAAUUCACCGGGCUAAUAGGCUGGAGAGCCAGCACACACAGUGCAGUCGCUAGUCGGGGAUGAGUCAGCAUUCACUGGCAUCGCUCUCACAAACAAAACAAAGUGGAGCCCUCGGCAUCAAUGAGGCUUUCAUCGAUCUAGCUUAAAGAUUAUUAAUGAGAAGCGUGAGAAUCAGGCUGCUUCGUUUCUCUGAAAGCGGUGAUGGUGAAUUUUCUUUGGUCGUUCUCAUGAACCUGGUGUAAACUUUGAGAUGAAUACAUUUUCCCAGACAGUCGGAUGUCAGGUUGUCAUUGUGUGAGCUAUUAAGACUACAUCAAAGACGCCUGUGAUUCAUUUCAAUGUAACAUUGAGUGGAAAAGAGCUGCUUUUGGUACAAACAUCUUCCUGACCUCACAGCUUCAACUGUAACUCAGCAUCUAGCUUUCAAGACUAAGCGAGGAUUUAUGAUGGAGCAUUAUGGCCUCUGUUAAAGAAGAAACAGUCUGAGAUAUUGUCAGAAUAUUUCAACAAUAAAGUCAUGAUAUUGUGGGAGAGAAGAAGAAUAAUAUUAAGAAGAAAAUGGAAAGUCUUUUUCAUUUUUUUCGAAAUAUGACUUUGAAAUAUUGUGACUUUUUCUGGUAAAUUUAUUCCUUUUCCACAAAAAUUACAACUGUUUCUCAAAAUAUUUGAGACUUUUUUUUCUUAACCGUGGCCCUUAUCCUCCGCCAUCGAGAUUUAUAUUGUGGAUGGAAGGAAUUAUACUGAAGUUAUGUUUUUAAAAUGAUCCCGGAGGAGAGGUCUGAGUGCGCAGUUUUUUUGAAUGCUUGCUGAUCCUUGUUUUGUUCAUUUCGUGGUGGCAUUUUCUUCCCACAGAUACUUGCAUAAUUCAUACUUUGCCAUUUUGACAGGACAGUAGAUAUAUGUAGUUUAAAAGGGAACAUUCAGGAAUUGAGGUUUUGUGUGUGAAUAACUGGCUCCAUUUUGUUUAUACCAAAGUCAUUGAUUCAAGUACAUUUGAAUUGGUCUACUUUUGUGUGCAAACCGAUUUCCAUUCAGCAUUUAAUGAUAAGUCUCCUUGGAGAUGUCACGGAGAGACACUGCCUUUUGAGAAAUACUAGUUUUUCAAAUGUAGGUUGAAUAGAUUAUAGCAAAAACAAGAUAUGUAACUUGCUUAUCAUAAAGGGGAUGUGUGCAACUAGAGAUUAGCAUUUAGUCAGCUACUGUUUUAAAGGGAAAUGAGCCAAUUGCUGCAAAUUCUCCUUGAAAGUUUUUGCUUGUUUUGGUUUUUGGUUUUGGUUUUUGUGUUUUUAUUGAGUGUUUUUUUUUCAGUUGUUGGAUCAAUCAUUUGCAUCAGAUGUUUUUCUAGAUAGACAAAAGCACAACUGCCGUUUAAUAUCACAUUAUUUGGUUGUAUUUCUUUUGGAGUACUUGUUUUUUUUCUUUUCAGGACAAUGUGCAACGCCUUCAUUAAGAAAGCUGCUAUUAUUGUUCACUGUGUAAUAGGUAUGAGAACUUCCUUUUCCUCAUUUUAGUGGUAUUUUUGUCUGUCUUUCCACUACACAUUAAAAGACAUGUGACCACUGAGGUCAAAUGUGAUUUAUGCAAUAAAAUGUUUACUGGGGUCUUGACACCACAGGAGACCCAGAGCGGUUGUAUAGACUUUGCAAUCCAAGCACAAUGUGCAAAUGCUACCAUUUUUUAGUCCAAGGAAGAGACGUGUUUAUAUACAGAGUAAAAAUCUUUGUGCUUUAAAAAUUUGCUUUUUAAAGGUGUAAAAAAUAAAAGCAUUUUUUCUUAAA